AUGGAGAAGGCGCUAACAAAGGUGGGGAGCUUUUGGAUCGCCAAGAAGGCCAAAGAGGAGAUCUCUUCCAUCGGCGAUGACCUCUCCGUGAGUGAUUCGUCUUCGGCUUUGUUCCCCGCUUCUCUCUCUCUCUCUCUCUGUCCCUUCCCUCCGAUUGUGCUUUCUCUGUUCAUAUUUUCGUUGCUUUUAAGUUAUGAGGGGUCCUGACUCAGAUCCACAAAUGUUUUCGUCCUCGUGGAUUUCUAUCGGCCAAUCUGGUUUGCUCUUCAGGGGGAAUGUAGGGCCAGCAAGAACGCCAAUGAGAAAUGCAUACGCGGAUUGAUAAGCUUUAAAAUGGCGACAUCUCUGAUCACUCUCUGAUCAGCGCUUUGGCGUUCGUAAUGUGGAUGUAUCUGACCUGAGUCUGAUGGGACAUUUCUGUUGUUAAUCUAUGGCGAAGCUACACCGAACUAUUGCUUUGAAGGUUGUGGAAAAUAUUAAACAACUCUAAUUUCUUAAAUCACGUGGUGGCGGAGAGCUGUUCUUGGCAAAAUUGUCUCUCCUGAAAAUAUCAGCUAUUCAGUUUGAUAGCAUGAGCUUUAAUCUCAGAUGUAAAUUUCUGUUUACGCUUCCUGUGAAAAUGAUCUCCACUAUGGAUAAUUUUAUAAUCCUUGAUGGGUGGUGUGGAUUAGCAGACUACAAUAGCGGUAGGUAGAAGCCUGCUAAGGAUACAAGGCUACUGUAGGAAAUGAACUGUAGAAGCUUGAAACCCACUCGCUUUUAUGGAAAUAUCAUGCUGCAUUUUGAGGAAUUGUCAUUCAUUAGUUGUUCAUCUUUUUUUGGCUUCAAUGGCCACUUGGAAUCUAAAACAAAUAUUGAUUUGGUCUACACAUUUUAUGGGAAAUUCCGAGUACAAAAUCACUUUAAUUUUGUUUUCCUCAAAUAAGUAUAAUAAAGAUGCGUCUGGUGUUGUUCUUAUCAGCCAUGUUUACCUUGGGAAGUCAAUGCCACACACUGAACCAGUGUAGGGUUGGUAUAAUCGGGGGCGUCUCUCCAUGUCCCUUGGCGUUUUUCCUGGACAUCUGUCAGCCAAGGUGGAAAAGGAGUGAAUAGUUCUGCUCCCUGCUGUGGAAUUGGUGCUGCCUGAAGAAUCCAUAGGUGUGUUUGGACAAGGGAAAUACUGGGCAUCAACAAUUAUUGUAGAGCUAUCUGACUACAGUACUCUUCUUAGGUGGCUUAUGAUGUCUCUCUGUCUGAUUUAUUACAAGGUCUUUUAUGUGUAGUGUUUUGAAGCUCAAGCAUUCUUCUAGUCAAUCAUCUUUAAGUUCUGAAUGCAAGCUGUAUCGUUUUUUUUUUUCCCCCUUCAAUCAGGCUAUAAAAUUUCUUAAAAAUUAUUAUUAUUUUAUUAAUUUCACUUGGUGGGGUCAUGCUAUUGAAGGGUUGUCUCGAAUAUGCAAAUGAACCUCGACUGAUGUUAUUCCCUCAUGGUUUUGAACCUAAAUUAUUCUUCGGGAUUUUAAUCUCCUAUUUAAUUUAUUUAUUUUUAUUUAAAUUUAUUGAUGUAAUGGCUACUACUGGCAGCGUUUCUCGGGCACUGUCGAAGAGAAGGCGAAAUGGGUCUUUGACAAGUUAAAAGGUUCGAACCGUUUGAUAAUCUUGCAGCUCUGUUCUGUGGGUUUGGUUCCCUAUCCAUAAUAAUUCUACCAUAAAUAGGAAGUUGAAUCGAUACCAGAAUCAGUUUUCUUCUUUCGGCCUUCAAUGGCCUCUUUUCAGAGUUUCUCCGUGAAAAUCAUGAUCUGUAUAUGUUCAUGAUUUGAGGAAGCUCUUACAGUCCGAGAUUAUCUGGGCCCAACGAGGGCGAACGAUUUGAGUCUCACAACGAAUAUAUGUAUAUAUAUGUAUAUAUAUCUGCUUUCUUUAUUUGGAAAUUAUGACGUUCAGGGGGAGGAGCUCACCAGUUUUCAUCUGUCAUCUUCCGUCUUCGAUCUCCAGGGAAGCCUCGGAAGUCCCUGCCGGAGCUGCUGCGGGAGCACGGCUUGCCGGCGGGGCUCUUCCCCCGGAACGUCACCUGCUACGAGUUCGACGCUUCGAGGGGGAAGCUGGUGGUGCACAUGCCCGCCGCCGCCUGCGAGGUCAGCUUCAAGGACGGAUCCGUCAUAAGGUACGCCGGCCGUGUGAAGGGGACGUUGACCAGGGGGAAGCUCUCCGGCGUGGAAGGGAUGAAGACCAAGGUCCUCGUCUGGGUCAAGGUCACCCAGGUCCACGUCGAGGGCUUCCGCUCCGACAAGGUCUGCUUCACCGCCGGCGUGAAGAAGCUCAGACCCAAGGACGCCUACGACACACCGAGGGAAGCGGUCAACGUUGACGAAUUCUGA